AUGUCCUUUGCAGCGGUGGUAAUUGGCAACUAUGUGUACAUCGACGGAGGGGAGAUUACGCAGUUGGAGAACGGCUCAAUCAGUAACCAAGGCCGGAAGACGAUCAACUCGACCCUCUCACUGGACUUGACAAAGUCCUGGAUAACAACCGACGUUACCUUCAAGAGGAUACCCAAAACAGGCCCUAUUAAAUCCAACGUGGUUCUCUGGAAGGACAGCGCGAGAAACGCCUUCUACUCAUGGGGCGGCAACUGGCCAUUCGAGCUCAACAAAACAAAGGCUGAGCUUUGGAGAUUCAACGCCGAUGGCAGCGGCGGUGGAAGAUGGGGUCUUGAAACCCCCUCCAACCCGGAACUCUUCAACAGCCUCAUAUCGGCCGCAAACAUCGCCUACACGACAGUCAACAACACAGGCUACGCACUUGGCGGACGAGCCACCAAAUUGACAACGGUUGAUCGCAAAGACGGCGACGGAAACCAAGCCAUACCUGGAAUGCUCACGUACAACUUCGAUACGAGAGAGUGGACAAACGAAACGGCAAGCACUGGCUUCAGCCCCUUUCCCAGCAUCGCUAGCGCAUCGGCACAAUACGUCCCCACAUUCGGUCCCAGCGGUCUUGUGUUUGUUUUAGGGGGCCACUUGCUCGAUGUAGAUCGCGACUUUCCCUACGCCAACUCUCCUGCGCAACCCUUUGACAACCUUACCUUCUUCGACCCAGUCGCGAAAAAGACUUACUUUCAAAAGGCAACGGGUGAUAUUCCCCCUUCACCGCGAGCUGAUUUCUGUCUGGAGGGACUGCAGAACCCCGAGGGGGGGUAUGAGAUGUUCCUCUUCGGCGGCGUCAACCGAGCCAACAGCAGCACCAAAUACCACGACGCGUACAUCCUCAGCCUGCCCGGAUUCAUUCUGAGCAUCGGCGGCAUGAGAACGACGGAUAUCGAAAAGGAUAAGGCGCCGCAGGGGUUGCUGCUCUUCGACAUGGCCGAGUUGAGGUGGAUGGAUGUUUAUGAUACUACGAUUGGGGCGUAUGAGCGUCAUAAAAAUAUCACGGCGUGGUAUGCCAGCGGGUCGAUGGACAAGAUGCAGUGGUCUUCUGAGGAGGUGAAAGGGUUGUUUGUGAAGCAGGAGGAUGGGGGCGGUAUGUGUCUCUGA